AUGUCAGUACCGGACCCAAGAAUAGGCAACAUCUGCAUAUGGCUCAUCUCUUGCUUUUUCCUUGCCACCAUAACCGCAGGAGGAGUUUUCCUGCUAUUGUAUAUUUUCUUCCCUGAAACAGAAUCCACAGCCUGGUUUCCAGUUGCUGGGAUGGUUCUGGUGAGUGUUCCAUGGUUAUUCUGGUUCCUCACAUUGGUAUAUAGAUGCAUUUCCAGGGAUUCUAUUAGAGGUGUAGCUGCUGUUGGCCCUGCUGCUGCCCGUUGUAGUACUGGUGGUGGUGGUGGUGGUUGGCGUGGUGGCGGUGCAAAUGUCGCCGGAGUACAAACUAUAGAUAUGGGUGGUGUAGCAUCAUCUGCAGGUCCUGAAUCUCCGACCCAUGCGGCCGAAUCCCCUGACAACAGAGUGCGGCGCGUUCGGUUUGGGGCCGCUGUCGUGGUGGGUGAACUAGACGAUAACAUGAGCCAGGAAAAGGAUGAUGAUGAUGAUGAUGAAGAAAAUCAUCAAGCCUCGGUAUCAAUAGGUUCAAGCGUCGAGUAUGAUAACCUAUCUUCUUCGGAUUCACGUGAAUGUGAAUUGCCAUUGACAUUAUCAAUGCAUUGUUGA